AUGCUCUACGGGCAUGGGGUGGGCCCUGAUCAACAGAAGUUGUCGGAGCUGUUGAAGAUCCCCGCCCCGGCGACCAAGGUCGACGCACAAAGCGCGCUCGGAGUCGUCUCAUACCUGGGGGAUUUCACCUCAUUGGUUGGCCAUCUCACAGUCAUGCUGUACCCAGACAAGGGUGCGCCAAGCUUUGGCCCCCGCAUUAGUGCGCCCCUCCAGGAACCAACAGACCCACAUGUAGGGAGGUUCCAGGCAGCCAAUCACAGGCGGGCAAAUGCGCAUUAUCCGGUUUGGUGGGGCUCGGAUGGCUACCCGCCCGUCUGGCCUGACCUUUGCGGCGCUGAUGACUUUUGUUCUUCUCCUUCUCUCAGUCUCUGCAUCUUCUCUCUUAUUCAAGACCUGCUAGGAACCACAAUGAAUUCUACCGUGCUGCCCCCCGGCACCUAUUGGGGUCAAUAUCAGGAUAUCACCAAAUCCAAUACCCACCUUAGCGUGGCAGAGAGAUUGUGGGUCGCAUGGUAUGCGUGGGUGCAGAAUGAUGUCCUGGCCACCGGCAUCAUGUCCUUCGCUAUCCACGAGUUGUUCUACUUCGGCCGCUCUCUUCCGUGGGUCUUCAUAGAUAGCUUGGGUUUCUUCAAGAGAUACAAGAUUCAGAGUAGCAAAGUACCUUCAUUACGCGAGCAAUGGGAUUGCGCCAAGUUUGUGCUUCUGAGCCACUUCACCGUCGAACUUCCUCAAAUCUGGCUUUUCCACCCAAUGGCCCAGUUCUGCGGUCUAUCAACAUCGAUUCCUUUUCCGUCUCCCUGGACUAUGGCAUAUCAGAUUGCAAUAUUUUUCGUGAUGGAGGACACUUGGCACUAUCUUUUCCACCGAGCUCUUCAUUGGGGUCCACUCUACAAGGCUAUUCACAAAAUUCACCAUCAGUAUUCCGCACCAUUUGGUUUGGCCGCCGAAUAUGCUUCUCCUAUUGAAGUGAUGAUUCUCGGCUUCGGGACCGUCAGCUCCCCGAUCCUCUGGUGUGCUAUGACCGGUAACCUGCAUAUUCUCACUAUGUAUAUCUGGAUUGUGUUGCGCUUGUUCCAGGCUAUCGAUGCCCACAGUGGCUACGAAUUUCCUUGGAGUCUUCACCAUUUCUUGCCUUUCUGGGCUGGUGCUGAUCAUCACGACCUCCACCAUGAGAAAUUCAUUGGGAACUACUCAAGCAGCUUCCGCUGGUGGGACUACCUCCUUGACACCGAAUACACUCCGGAUGCCCUGAAGCGCCGAAGAGGGAAAAAGGUGGAAGCAAAGAAGACACAAUGAUCUGAACGUUGGCAGUGACGGUCUGCCUAUUUUCUCUUCAAUUUGGGCGUUGGCUUUGUCUGGA